CAUGCGCUCUUACAGACUGAUUGCAAGCUUGUGGAUCGUUCCGAUUAUUUCCGUAGACCUACAGCGAGACCCAAACUUAACUGACGCGAUGGAGUGGAACCCAAUGGAAAUCAACCCCGAGAUGCUCAACAAGAUGUUGGGUAAGCUGGGUGUGGGUGGGAGCUGGCAUUUCGUGGACGUGCUGGGUCUGGAGGCCGAGCUGCUGUCGUCUGUACCGACACCCUGCUGUGCUGUGAUGCUGCUCUUCCCACUUACGCAACAGCAUGAGUCUUACAGGCAGAAGCAGGCGGGGCAGGUGGGUGGAGCUUCAGAAGUGUACUUCCUGAAACAGACAGUGGUCAACUCCUGUGGCACAGUGGCCCUCCUGCACGCUGUGGGCAACAACCAGGACAAAAUGGAGUUUGACAGUGACUCAGCACUGAAGAAGUUUCUAGAUGAGACGGCUAAGCUAAGCGCUGAUGAACGGGCCAAACACAUGGAGAAAAAUAAGGCGAUCAAAGAGGCACAUGAGGAAGUUGCAGCACAAGGCCAGUGCAGGGUGGAAGCAGACAAUGUGAACUUCCAUUUCAUCACCUUUGUUAAUGUGGACGGACAACUUCAUGAGCUGGAUGGACGCGUGGAUGGACCGGUAAAGCAUGGAGCCACUAAAGAUGACUCCUUCAUCAUGGAUGCAGCGACGGUGUGUCGUGGUUUCAUGAAGCGAGAGGAGGGAGAGCUCCGUUUCUCUGCUGUGGCUCUAUGUCACGCCUAGAGCCCCCCCUUUUACAGCCAGGAUUCCCCCCCCAAAACCAUGUAGAGCACACACACACGCGCACCAUACAACUGGAACACACAAUACCAGAAUGCACACGGGCACGCACUUCAAUUUGCAGACACUGCACGAAAAAGCACACUUCUACUGUAACAGUACCCUAGACAGUGCACCCACCAACUCUCUCUCUCUCACACACACACACUAUCUGAACGUACAGCUGCACAUAGAUACUAUUCAAGCUUGGCCAAGCCUUUUGUGUGAUGUCACUUUGCUAUCACAAUACUGCUGUCUUUUUCAUACUCUUGAGCUCCUCAAAUGCCAGAUUCAGUCACUGCCUGUCUGUGUGAUAUUGUGUGUGAAUGUGUGUUGGGCUGUCUCUGAGACUGGAGAUAGGCUGAUAUACAAGUGCCUUCAAUGGCAACGGAAUGAAAGAUUAAAUUAAAAAGGAGAGGGAGGAAGUGAGGGAGUGAACCGAGGGUGGGAGGGAAUGAGAGAGGAGGAGUAUAGGAUGGUAUGCAGGGAACAGAGGUGGGCCCUUGUCUGUGUAGAAUCCAACCUUUUUCUGCAAAGGCCACAGUCAGCCUCUGACGGGACGUUUGUCGAAAAUAGCCCUUUUGUCUGCAGAGAAUCUUUUUUUCUCAGUUGGGAAAAUGGCUAGUUUUGGAAAAGGUUUUUGACCUUUGUAAAACCCAUUUGCUCUCCCUUCUGAUGUCUGUUAGGACAAAGCUGUGUUCAGUUGGGACUUUGAAGGGGUUAGGCUGUGUCCAGAUGUCAACUGCGUGUGACUGACGUACAACGUACUGUGUUCCAAUACUUUGCCUUUCUGCAGCUUCCUGAUGUUGCUGUUGUAGUCCUGUUGGCCAUGCUGUCUGUUCUCAAUAAAAAAAAAAGGAAUCUUAAACAUAA